GCAGGGUAGGGGCUGUUGUCUCACUGCUAAUUUCCCUAGCAAAUAAGGCAGCAGCUGCUGGUCCGUGGGGCCAGUUCUCACGGAGCACGAGGCACUGCAUGUAUGGGACAGGAUGCUUGCAUGGAGUCUUUCGGCGGCAAGGGUGGCACCUUUCAGUGCAAAAUACUCCUCUUCCUCCUCUUAGGGACUUGCCUGGGACUGAAGGUGACGGUUCCAUCUCACAUUGUGCACGGCAUCAAGGACCGGCCCCUCUACCUUCCUGUGCACUAUGGCUUCCACAUGCCAGCAUCUGACAUCCAGAUCAUAUGGCUCUUUGAGAGACCCUCCACAAUGCCCAAAUAUUUACUGGGCUCAGUGAAUCAAUCCGUGGUUCCUGAUCUGGAGUACCGACAAAAGUUCACCAUGAUGCCACCCAACGCAUCUCUACUUAUCAACCCGCUGCAGUUCACUGAUGAAGGCAAUUAUAUCGUGAAGGUCAACAUCCAGGGAAAUGGAACUCUUUCUGCCAGCCAGAAGAUACAAGUCACCGUUGAUGAGCCCAUCACCAAGCCAGUGGUGCAGAUCCAUCCUCCGUCUGGGGCUGUGGAAUAUGUGGACAAUGUGACCCUGACAUGCCAGGUGAAAGCAGGCACCCGCCUGGUUUACCAUUGGCUGAAAAAUGGGAAGCCGUUGCGCCUCAGCCCCGCCUACUCCUUCUCUCCCCAAAACAACGCCUUUCAAAUCUCUCCCGUGACCAAGGAAGAUGCGGGGAAUUACACCUGCCUGGUGAAGAAUCCCGUCAGUGAAAUGGAAAGUGACAUCACUGCACCCACCAUAUACUAUGGACCCUAUGGACUUCAAGUUAAUUCUGAUAAAGGGCUAAAAGUAGGAGAAGUGUUUACUGUUGACCUUGGAGAGGCCAUCCUCUUUGAUUGUUCUGCGGAUUCCUACCCGCCCAACACCUACUCCUGGAUCGGGAUGACCGACAACACAACCUAUUUCAUUAAGCAUGGACCUCGCCUAGAAGUUGCACCUGAGAAAGUAGCCCAGAUGACAGCGGACUAUGCUUGCUGCGCUUACAACAACGUAACUGGAAGGCAAGAUGAAACUCACUUCACAGUUAUCAUCACUUCCAUGGGCCUGGAGAGCUCUUCGCAAAAAGAGAUAUCAUUGUCCCCAUUGGCAAGUCUAACUGGAAUAUCACUAUUUCUGAUUAUAUCCAUGUGUCUGCUUUUUCUAUGGAAAAAAUUUCAGCCCUACAAAGUUAUAAAACAGAAGCUGGAAGGCAGGCCAGAAACAGACUAUCGGAAAACUCAAACAUUUUCAGGCCACGAGGAUGCACUGGAUGACUUUGGGAUAUACGAAUUCGUUGCCUUCCCAGACGCUGCUGGUGUGCCCAGGAUGCCAAGCAGGUCUGUCCGAGUGUCUGAGGGUGUAUCAGGGCAAGACUUGCACAACACAAUUUAUGAAGUUAUUCAGCACAUCCCUGCCCAACAGCAAGACCAUCUAGAAUGAAGCUUCGAGAGCAAAGCAGGAUAUUGGAAUGAAAUAAUGAAGCAAAACCAAUGGAGAUGUAUACCCCUCUGGAGUCAGUGACGAAGUCAAGCCAGUUCUCCUCACACUGCUUGUUUUAUGUGUGGAGUAGAGAUGUUAGGCAAGUGGGAUUUCUAGACGACGUACUGUCUUGUACAGCAGAGGG